CCUGGUGUUUACGCGCGUCGGGCGGCCCUCCUUCCUGCAGCGGCUCCCCGGGCUCGCGGACCGGCCCCGCGUCGCCAGCAUGUCGGGCUCCAGCAGCGCCCUCAUGAAGCAGCCCCCGAUCCAGUCCACGGCGGGGGCCGUGCCCGUCCGCAAUGAGAAGGGGGAGAUCUCCAUGGAGAAGGUGAAGGUGAAGCGCUACGUCUCGGGGAAGCGCCCCGACUACGCGCCCAUGGAGUCCUCCGACGAGGAAGACGAGGAAUUCCAGUUCAUCAAGAAGGCCAAGGAGCAGGAGCUGGAGCCCGAGGAGCAGGAGGAGGAGCUGGCGAGUGAUCCCCGCUUGCGCCGCCUGCAGAACCGCGUCACCGAGGAUGUGGAGGAGAGGCUGGCGAGGCACCGGAAGAUUGUGGAGCCAGAAGUAAUGGGGGAGAGUGAUUCUGAAGUGGAGGGAGAAGCCUGGCACGUGGAGCGGGAGGACACGAGUGAAGAGGAAGAGGAAGAGAUAGACGAUGAGGAAAUUGAACGUCGCCGUAAUAUGAUGCGCCAGCGUGCUCAGGAACGCAAGAACGAGGAGUUGGAAGUGAUGGAACUGGAAGAUGAGGGCCGUUCUGGGGAGGAGUCUGAAACCGAGUCUGAAUAUGAGGAGUAUACAGAUAGUGAGGAUGAAACUGAACCACGCCUUAAACCCGUCUUCAUUCGCAAGCAAGACCGAAUCACAGUCCAGGAGCGAGAAGCAGAGGCACUGAAACAGAAGGAGCUGGAGCAAGAGGCCAAACGGAUGGCUGAAGAGAGGCGCAAGUAUACCCUCAAGAUUGUAGAGGAAGAAGCCAAGAAGGAACUGGAGGAAAACAGGCGCUCUUUGGCAGCCCUUGAUGCUUUGGAUACUGACGAUGAGAAUGAUGAGGAAGAGUAUGAGGCUUGGAAAGUUCGAGAAUUGAAGCGAAUCAAACGGGACCGUGAGGAGCGUGAGGCGUUGGAGAAAGAGAAAGCAGAGAUUGAACGGGUACGAAAUUUGACUGAGGAAGAACGGCGGGCUGAGCUCCGAGCCAACGGCAAAGUCAUUACCAAUAAGGCUGUGAAGGGCAAAUACAAGUUCCUGCAGAAGUAUUAUCAUCGCGGUGCCUUCUUCAUGGAUGAAGAUGAGGAUGUAUACAAGAGGGACUUCAGUGCGCCAACUCUAGAGGAUCACUUCAACAAGACAAUCUUACCUAAAGUCAUGCAGGUGAAGAACUUUGGGCGCUCUGGACGGACUAAAUACACACACUUGGUGGACCAGGACACAACCUCCUUUGACUCUGCCUGGGGACAGGAGAGUGCACAGAAUACUAAAUUCUUCAAGCAGAAGGCAGCUGGCGUGCGGGAUAUCUUUGAGAGACCUUCUGCUAAGAAACGGAAAGUGACUUGAGUGGGAAAGUAUCGCCUGGAUCCCUCUGCUAGCUCUGGCUCUUUGUUUGUUAGCUUUUGUUACUUGGGCCCACACAAAAUUACCAUUGGCCUGAAUCAAUUAUACUGGCACUGGUUCAGCUUAACGGGCUCUCCCUUAGACCCUCUGCAGUCCUGUUUGUAAUUCUGACUGACUAUAAAGACUACUGCUCUUUACAGGAACAGUUAAAUAGCGGGGGCAGGGAGCAAACUCUAUUAAAUGGUCCAUUCUACAAAAUUUAAGAGCAAAAAGUGCCCUGAUCCUGCUUUUGUUAAAAUUGCUGCUCUGAUCCUGUCAUGUGUAACCACUUUCAGUUGGAAAUCCGGUAUUGCUGCAUACACGUUAAACAGAGAUGUGCCACAGAAAAAUGCUUGAAAGCAGCUGUCUUUCAUGAAACAUGCUAAGCCAUUAUUUGCUUCUACAAUUUACUGAAUGAACCAUACUAGCUUCAUAUAAACCUUUUGUUUUAGUGCUCUGUGUGAAACCAGUUUGUCUUCUAACAGGGAAAAAGCCCCCUCCUUGGUUCUUCUGCUCUUACUGCUAGAGUAAUGGUAGCAUUAGAUUGCAAAUAAAGUAACAGCCUUACAGCUAAUUGCAUGCAAAGUUCACUUUCCAGAGAUUGUUCCAUUUUCCUUUUGGAACCUGCUGAUCUCACAGUGCCAGGGUUGAUUUGGUACUACAGUUAGGGAAACAGGGAGUAGCUUGUGACGUCUUAGAGGUGGUCUGACUCCACUGAGUUUUGUAAAUCACUGCUGGAAAGGGUGCAGGUAACGCUCAUAGAAGUUGGGAAUAAAGUUUAUUUUUCCUAUCUCCA